AUGUCUGAAACGACUUCAAUACCACCCAAUCCCUUCAAGCCACCGCGUCGUAUCGUCACUGGCCAUACUCCCGAUGGGAAGAGCACCACCAUUUUCGAUGGGGAAGUUUCCAGUGCCCCCAACGUUGGCACGAGAUUCUGGGUCACUAAAGGAUGGCCAACAGAUAAUUCGGGAGAUAACAAAGACUUGAGAGAUGAAAGUCCGGAUCGUGCUGGUAUCUUCCAGACUAAUGGGACAAAUUUUCUUGCCCAGGACGUCCCCCCGGGUGCCAUCGUUCCAAUGCACCGAACGAGUACUCUUGACUAUGGUAUUCUGAUAUCAGGAGAACUGACGCUGGUUCUUGAGGAUGGUCCUCCCCUAACAUUGUCUGAACCGGGAACUGUCUUUGUCCAAAGAGGGACCGCACACCAGUGGGAGAAUCGUGGUCCUGACUGGGUCAGAGUCAUCUUCGUCAUCCUCGAUGCUAAACCUUUCGCCUACACGAAUGCAGAUGGAGCGCAGGUGACGCUGGAGGAGUACCACUCGUGGUCGAAAGCCCCUACUUAACGUAUAUGUAGAUCACUCUUUUGUAACACACAUCGAUCUUGUUCUCAUGGUGGCAAAGCGGUUGACUAGGUUAAUCCCAUCUGUAACUUAUAUGGACAAGGGCGGUAGGCAUGCAGAUGCUCCGUUAUAUUAUCAAACACAUACCGAUAUUUUCAUGGAGGC